GAAAAACUGGUAUACAGGUCGAAACUUGUUAAUACUGAGAAUGGUACAACAUUCUCCCAGUAAAACCGAAUAUAGGCGGGCUUUUCGUCCCAGGCUUCAGCCUGAGACCUACGUCAGUUUGUCAGAUUAUCGCAUAUGUCGUCGUCUUAAGGAGAGCUCGCAUAAUUCAGAUGUGUUUCAUUGGCAAUCAUCGGAAGAUGAAGAUGAAACCCCUUCAAUGACGCCAAGACCGAGUACAGCUCCUGUACACAUUUUCAGACAUGAAAAGUUGGUAGAAAAGUUUAAAAAAAAGCAAAAGGAUGAACUGAAAGUAAACCUAAAAUCUAUUGAAAGAGCAACAAAUACCAAUUCGAAUGCCAAGACUAGAUACGAAGAGAAAGAAAUUCAAACCAGCAAUCGCACUCUAACAAACGGUAGUGAAGGAGCCAUUUCUGAGAAAAGCAAAAAGAAGAUCGGUUAUAAAUUUAAGAAAGUUCCGAAGUAUGUACCAAAACCUUCUUCAGCUCCAACAAAAUCGCUAUCGACUAAACCUAAAAUCCAAUCUAAACCUUUCAUUGCAUAUGGCUACAAAGAUAGUGAACUCGAAACAGGAAGAAAGAAAACUUACAACGUUCUAGCAUCAGAUCAAAUUUAUGAUAGUGCUCUGAGGGCUCAAAAGAGACGUCAGGCAGUUAUACACGAUAAUGAACAACAAGAAAAGGAUAUUCCACUUUGGGAAAGACGUCAAAAAGCGUUGUUUAAUGACAGACGCAAUAUCUUCUGUCGUGAAUCUCAACUCCAAAAGGCUCGUUUAGCUCGUCAAACAUCAGCCUGGGACACAGAAUAUCGUAGUAAAUUUAUCGGCUUUCCACCGGAAGAGUUUGAUAGGAAGUUAGAAGCUUUAAAAGCUGUUCGAAGGUCUGCAGAAUACUAA